UUGUAUUUUGAUGUAUAUUCAAACUAUUGUAAACCUGGUGAAGUAUACGAACCUAAAAGUUGCUGUCGCUUGCAAUGUGGAUAUGUGAUGAAUGUGGAAAAUUUUGGUAUGAUAGACGUUUACAAUGUAAAUAAUGUGAUUUUGAUUAUUGAAUCCAAAAUGCUGGCAAAUGAGGAUCCUGCUUAUUUCGAUGGAUAA